GUGACUCGUUAGCAUUUAGCCGCAGCCUAGCACAGCGCUGCUACUGCUGCUGCUGCUGCUACUGCUCAGGGAUCGCUCACUAGAUCUGUUAACAUGCCCGCACAUCCUCCCUACACGGAGUCAGGUGAUGUCUAGAGAAGGCCUGUCAGCUCCAACAUGAUGAUGACCUACCAGCUGAACGCAGCCAUACCUACCGCAAAGGCUUUGAUAUCAGAGGGGAGCUCGGGUUGCAGCCGCCGCGGCCCCGGCGCUGCUUCUCCGGCGGACAGGAGCCUGGGGAUGGGAGCAGGCGGAGGAGGGAAAGCAGCUAUCAGGCCAAACCAAAUGAGGAGAUUUCCUAUCAUACAGCCACUAAGCAAGUCCAGGGACGGGAAAACCUUGCAGAGCGGCUACAUAGUUGGAGGGACACCAAACUCAACCAAAGAUGUCAAAGUGGAAUCAGAGAACAACGAUCCAGAGACGAGGCACUUUCUGUUCGAUCACAAAUGUGCAAGGUUAGAGAGGACGAGAACUGUUAUUCCUCCGCUGCCAAGAGACUACCACGUGCACAAACCUGGUAACCUGCAUCCCUUGGGCCUCUCCAAGGACCUUUCCCAUUGCCACGCGGGUCGGCCCUUCACCCUGGGUUACCCUGAAAGAUAUGAGCUGACCACCAGUCCAGCCAUCCUCUUCCCCUCCACGUUAGUGCUCAACGGCAGGAACACCUUCUCAGUUGAGACCUGCAAGCUCAGCAGGCCUAAGGUGAAUUACCCGACCUACAACCUACCGACUGUUAAAGACAAUCAGAAAAGCCAGCCCUACCCAGACCCGAUGCUCGGAGCGUCCCGUUCUUUCAUCCACAGAAUAUCCGAGCUGUCCUCCUUGGAAGGGGAGACGGUGAGGCAAGAAAAGCUCAAGAAAAUGAGAAAGCCUCGAAAGCCUCCGUCCUGACAAUCACCCUCAUCCCAGUCGCGCUGGUCGAGGAUAAAAACUUUCAAGUCUGUGCCAACGACUGAAGAAAAUAAAGCGCUUAGGGCGCCGUGUUCCUUUCAGUGUCUCGUACUAACGGCCUGUUUGUCCUCGGUGAUACUAGUUUGCUGCUUGACAUGGCUGGUCUUUGCGUUUUGUGACUCCUGACCUGAGCUCUUCUCUGUUAGCGGGCGACCCGUCGGCUUUCGCUACAAAACAAAUAAAGGCUGAUAGAGAAUACAUGGUAAAUAUUUUCAGUAGUUUUCCACUCAACAACUGCAUGAAGAGAUACUUUCUUGCCGUGGCUGUUAUAUUAUUAUACUGCCAUACAGUGUUCCUCUCCGUAUCAUUAGUAAUGUUUUACAGAUGCUGUCCACCCUCGGUACAACAAACAUACCGAAGCUUUGUUAAGUAAGUGAAAUCUCUCUGUACAUAUUAAAUAGUUUAGCAAAACCAUUACUGUGCCUUGUUAAAUGUCUUCCCAAAAUUAAAAUAAAUUUAUUUUUGUUAUUUUUAA